GAGCACCUUCUCUUCACUCAGCCAACUGCUCGCUCACUCACCUCCCUCCUCGGCACCAUGAGCACCUGCAGCCGCCAGUUCACCUCCUCCAGCUCCAUGAAGGGCUCCUGCGACAUCGGGGGCGGCAUCGGGGGCGGCUCCAGCCGCAUCUCCUCCGUCCUGGCCGGAGGGUCCUGCCGCGCCCCCAGCACCUACAGGGGUGGCCUGUCUGUCUCCUCCUCCUGCUUCUCCUCUGGGGGAGCCUACAGGCUGGGGGGCAGCUAUGGCAGUGGCUUCAGCAGCAGCAGCAGCUUCGGUAGUGGCUUUGGGGGAGGAUAUGGUGGUGGCCUUGGUGCUGGCUUGGGUGGUGGCUUGGGUGGUGGCUUUGCUGGUGGUGAUGGGCUUCUGGUGGGCAGUGAGAAGGUGACCAUGCAGAACCUCAACGACAGCCUGGUCUCCUACCUGGACAAGGUGCGUGCCCUGGAGGAGGCCAACGCUGACCUGGAGGUGAAGAUCCAUGACUGGUACCAGUGGCAGCGGCCUGCUGAGAUCAAAGACUACAGUCCCUACUUCAAGACCAUCGAGGAUCUGAGGAACAAGAUUGUGGACCUGACAGUGGGCAGCAAUAAAACUCUUCUGGACAUCGACAACACUCACAUGACACUGGAUGACUUCAGGAUAAAGUUCGAGAUGGAGCAAAACCUGCGGCAAGGAGUGGAUGCCGACAUCAAUGGCGUGCGGCAGGUGCUGGACAAUCUGAUCACGGAGAAGUCUGACCUGGAGAUGCGGUAUGAGACUCUGCAGGAGGAGCUGAUGGCCCUCAAGAAGAAUCAUAAGGUGGUAGGGUGCUGGGGCUUAUGGCUUACCGGGGAGAGGGAGGAGCAGAAAUGCAGAGACAGCAGGGGAGCUUUGGAGCAUUACCUGGGAGACACCCUCUCCUUUGCUCUUGAGGACACUUUCAGCUUCUCCUUGGCAUCACCUGUGGUAGUGGAACAAGCCCCCAGUGUCUCUCACCUGGAUUCUGUUAGAGCCUCUUAUGAGAUCUCCAGCUCCCUGGGCCCCACGGUCUAUUCCACAGGGAGCAGCUGGGGCGGGGAGGGCGUCCCAGUGCUCCUCUGCUCAAAGCACCGUUACUCUCAGGAUAAAAGCCAGCGCCUCCAUUAG